AAUAAUGUAUAAUGAAGCAGAAACAUUUGUUGAGGCACGUUAUAUUUCGCCCCCUGAAGCAUGUUGGAGGCUGGCUGGAAAUGAAAUCCAAAGGAAAAGCCAUUCGGUGCAACGUUUGGACAUCCAUCUAGAAGGUCAGUACCGUGUGGGAAACAUGGAACAGACACAAGAAGAUGUAGCGGACACUGGCCUGAAAGGGUCCACCUUAGAGGCGUACUUUAAACACAACUCUAAACUUCACAUAGAAGAAGAGAAUGGGAAUGAAGUAAUCUACUACUUCUACUGGCAGAUGCCAGAAAAGUACAAAUGGUUAGGCAAAACAAGUGAAUGGGUGGUACGACAGCGAAGCUCAAAAACUAUUGGAAGGAUCCACACCGUGAACUUGGUGGCCCAACCUGAACUUUAUCACUUGAGAAUGCUCCUCUUUCAUACCAAAGAUGCCAAAAGUUUUGAAGACCUUAAAUUUGUAAAUGGGACUGCCUAUUCCACUUAUAAACAAGCAUGCCUGGCAAAAGGCCUUACAUAUGAUGACCAGCAAUGGAUUGAUGGGCUGCGGGAAUCCGCUUUGUCAAAGAUGCCGAGUGUCAUGAGGACACUCUUUUGUCAAAUCUUGAUUCUCGGAUCACCAGAAAACCCUAAACGUCUCUGGGAUAUGUUUAAGGACGAGUUGGCAGAAGAUUUUCUUAGAGAAGCAGAGAUUUCUGGAACCCCUCUAGAAGAUGCUUACAACAGAGCAUAUAGAAUCAUAGCUUACAAGCUAAAUACUGAAGCUACAGAAGGACGCAACUUCCGUUUUUGGGUAGAGAACUAUGGAAUGGAUGAUAUUAACGACUUCGAGAUGAAUGAGGAGGUUUUUAACGUAGGGCAAUCUCAUGAAAUUGGCCAUCGCCUCUACAACAACCUCAAUGAUAAACAGAAGGAAUUUGUUGAUGCUGUCAUCCAAACACUUGAUGAUGAGAGUUCAGGUACAGUACACUGUUAAUAAACUGAGAAAUUCAGGUGCGAGAAUACCUAGGAUACCACUAAUAGCAUUGAACAUAUGUUUUAGCAAUUCCAUUUAACCAAUGUUAAAUAAUGUUUAUUUUCGGGCCAAAAACGUCAUUUGUUGAUGUUUAUG